AUAAACAAGGACAAGGCUGGCCGCUGAGCGCCCCCUGCGCCUCGCGCUUCCUCGUUACGCCAUCACCAUCCUCCAGCCCACCCAUUCUCCCUCAUCUCUAGACAUGGCCGACGGUGCUUCGGGCUCAGCGGAGAGGUCUGUUCAGGUCAAGUUGGUGCUGCUAGGCGAGGCAGCUGUCGGGAAGUCGUCGGUGGUGCUGCGAUUUGUCUCGAAUGAAUUCCAAGCCAACAAGGAGCCCACAAUCGGAGCUGCUUUCCUCACUCAGAAGUGUCGGCUGGAGGACCGUGUUCUGCGAUAUGAGAUCUGGGACACUGCUGGCCAGGAACGCUUCCACUCCCUUGCUCCUAUGUACUAUCGUAAUGCCCAGGCUGCAGUCGUAGUCUACGAUGUCACGAAGGCCUCAAGUCUGGAGAAGGCGAAGACAUGGGUGAAGGAGCUGCAACGGCAAGCCAACCCCAAUAUCGUCAUCGCUCUCGCAGGCAACAAGGUCGAUCUCGUUCAAUCCUCGACCGCGCCCGCAGCCGCGGCUACCUCCGAAUCGGAGGAUGAGGCCGACGAUGCUACUGCCACACCAGGUGAAGCCCCUGCUAGCGGCGAAUCAGACAGCUUGAGGCAGGUGCCGCGGGAGGAGGCUGAGGCCUACGCUCAGGAAGCUGGUCUACUCUUCUUCGAGACUAGUGCGAAGACCGGUGAGGGUAUCGUGGAGCUCUUCACCGAAAUCGCCAAGAAGAUUCCCAUUGACCAAAUUCUUGCUUCCUCCCGGGGCGGUGCAGGCCGUCCGGGCGCUGCUGGUGCUCGUGCCGGCGCGCAGGAGGGUGUCAAUCUCGAGGAGAACGCUGCGAAGAGCAAGGAUUCUUGUAACUGUUAGAUGCAGGCGAACAAUUGUCCCGCUAGCGUUCCGCCUGCCCCACACCACCGGUACCCUUACCCUUACCCCUCCUACCGCUACCGUCAUCGUUCCGUCUUUUGUCUCCUUGUC